AUGUGUGAACAGGAAGAUGAGACUGUGUGCGAGUGCCUGGAGUCAUCGUCAAUAAGAGAUGCGUCAUCGGGAAUCGACGCUGAUGUGAACGGAGACAAGGUUCCCAAAGAAAAACGUCGGUUUUGUGAUGUGCUCGUGAGUGACAGCAAAGACGAAGUGACCGAAAACGGAAAGAUAGGUGCUGGACAAAGUAGUUACGAUGAUCAUUCAGAGUUCCUGCGGCAGGCGCAGGAAGCGCUUUGGAUGGUCGAGAACGGGGUGGCCAAGGGUCAGAGUCAAAGGAAGAAGAGGAGCGACUCCUGCAUAAACAACGUCAAACUAACCUUAAAUUGCACCAAAGACCACGACCGUUCCAACGCCAGUUGCCACUCCACCUACAACCCCACGACUCAGCCCAAGAAGCUAAAGAGCAAGUUGAGAGCCAGUUUGGAAAACGUCUCGAUCAACCCUUGGGAAGUCGAUUUGGAGGAUCAAUACAGCCUACGGAGAAGUCGCAGCUUCGCCAUAUCCAGAGAGAACUUGUUUCCGACCUUAGAAUAUAGCGAAGACGGAAGAGGAGGAAGGAGGAGGUCACAGCUGAUUCCUAGGGCCAAACUGAUCAACCGUUCUUCGAUUAGAGAAAAUAGGUACAAAGGAUCCAGUGUCGAAAACCUCCACAAUCCAGAACGCCACCGAAGUAGAAGGCACUCAACCCUCAUUCCCCCGGACUACACACCUCCUGAACCCUUUCAACGACACAGACGAAACCGCAAGAAGGAACACGAGAUAUAUUCCUACGUAUCUCUUCAAAACCUUCCGAAAGCUACGAGACAGCCGGACAGUCUCGAUUCCCACUACAAGGCAGCCUCAAUCAACAGCCUAUCAAAGAUAUCCUACGAAGAACUUCCAGAACUUAGCCUACCCAACUAUUACCCCGAUGCGAGAUACGACACUGACAAUACCGAUAAUAUAUCUUUAACGGAUAACAUUUCGUCAGUAUCCUUCGAAAAUAGCAGCAAAACCAAAUAUCCGUUAGACCUGAAAUGGGACAAGAGCGAACCGAAUGCUAGUAUUCCCUACGAUGAAAACAUCGUUCUGAGUGCAAAUAAAACUUUGUACGAGGGUUUAGAAAGCAAACCACGCACGAUUCGAAAUCCUACCCCGUAUCACGAAAAUUACGGCAAGAUAAACCUCUCAGCUUCUAGAACAACCGAAGAAGCCGCAGAAGAGAAACCAACAGAAGAAACCGACACUAAUUUGGACGAAAUAAACUUAAACAACGAGCAUUAUACAACACCCCAAAGGGAUCAUUACUCUGAAUCCGAACAAUCAGAUUGCAUCACCGAAAAGACUUGUGAUAAAAGUUCGGCUGAAGAGAAACCCAAUAAAGCGGAGAAUAUUUCGAAUAAUCCAGAUAUAACGCUGAUAGAAGUUCCCGCAGGGGCGCAAGAAGCUGAACAACAUAAAACAGUCGUAUCGGUAAAAACUGCUGCGGAAAAACAGGAGAAUAUCGAAGAAGAAAAGGAUAAUUGUAAACAAGUCAGGGAAUCCAAAUCGCAUAGUCAUAAUUACCUGAAAGAAUUUCUGGAGACGCAAAAAGGCUCGAGGAAGCCGUUACAAAAUUUCUUGGCGAAGAAAUUCUCGAAUUUGUCGCGAAAAACGACAAAAGAAACGACGAAUUUGAAAGACAAUAAGUUCCAUUCCUUGCCGGAUAUAACGGCAAGUAAAAACUUGAGGAAGUGCGAGAAAAUAGACAGGAAAUUACGUAAAUGCCAACAAAGUAAUCAGCAUACUCGUUCCCAGCAAACUUCAAAGGAAAACAGGUUUAUUGUGAAUAUAGGUAGGCACUUUGACGUAACCGCCGGAAACGCAGCUCCCGUUGACUUUGAAGUGAAAAUCUCGAAAGUUGCCAGGGGUAGCAACAGAAAUAUUCGCGAGCUGAAAUCCGAAGAGGAAUUCAUAGCAGCAGUGAAAAGUCUGAAAGAAACAUUAUACGGCAGUCAGAUAAAACUGGACGAAAACGAUAACAUAACAAAACCGGCAGUGGUAUCUCUAACAACAAAGUUGGAGGGUGAACAAAACGAGAACGAGAAAUACCAAAAAGACAUGGCACUUCUGUACUGCCGAGACGAAUGCUCGAAAGAAUUCCAAGAAAAGCUCGGAACUAUGAGAAACUACUGGAAUCGAAUGGUUGGAAGCGAUACGAACGAACAUAAGGUUCAAAAACUCGAAGAAACAGAAGUCAAAACCAGCGUGGAAGAAGUGAAAAAAAUAUUCGAACAACCCGAAGAGAAAGUUGAAGAAAAACCACAAAGUAAAGUACAACUAACGAAGCAACUGUUUGAACCCAAAGCUACGAUGGAGAAAACAGGAAAAAUCUCACCAAUCAUCAAAGAAACCUGCAGCUACUUCGAAAACACCAGCUCCAGCCAUUUUUUCGAAAAUGACAGGUCUUUCGAAAGCCUUUGCCCAACAUCCGUUGAAAUUAUCAACACAAAAAAAAACGCCACCAAGAAGGAUCUGGAUCAACCAAAGCCCCACAAAGCUGUGACGAAAUCUAACAGUAUCUGCACCAAGCCCGAAUUCGACCAUGUCAGAUACAAACUGGUGAAGUCUGAUUUGUUCCAAAAAAAAAUUUUCGCCCCAGAUAAGGAGUCCCAGUUCGACGGUCUCAUACAGUAUCUGCAAGAUUACAGUUUCCAAGAGUUACUUAUAGACAACAAUAUCGUCAUUAUAGAACCGAUACGUUCCAAGGUUCCCUACGAGCCAUCCUCAUGUGUUAAAUCGAUGAAGAACGUCACAACCAUGAUACACAAAAACCAAUCCGCUGACUCAGAUAACAAAUCAACAUUGAACCGGCACUUCUUCUACCACCCCAUUAGGGUCAACAAGGAAGUCAACGAGGACGAACUGCCCAAUCCUGAUACGGUGAGGCAGGUGAGGGAAUUUUUCGAAGGAGGCGUGAAAAAAUCUGAAACUAUUCAAGAAAGUGAACAAACCACGAAAGAAAAUAUAUGUUGCAGUUCAGAUCCGGAUAAAGAUAGAUGUUCCGCAACGGAUUCCAAUUCCCACCUGUCCAAUAUGUCAGACUUUGGCAGCCAGGAGAACCUCUACGACUCCAUCGAUAACGAAAUUUAUUGUGAAUAUGUGAGCGAGGAUAUUUUGGAGAAAAUCAGGGAAUACGGAACUUCGGUAACUUACUAUGGCGGCAGAGUGGUCGAUCAAAAGUCCGGACAACCGGUCUUGACCAAAGUUAUAAUGAACGAAAUCAGAAACAACGAGAAAAAGUGCGUGGAUUGCAGUAACUGCACGAACAACGAAGUAGAGAAAAACGACAAGGAAAAAGACCAUAAAGAAGGUUAUCACGGAAUGAAAUUCAGAAUACUGAAAUCAAAUAGUUGCAGCAGUCGCUUGGAAUUGGUAGGAACUGAAAGUAUGCAGGAUACGAAGAAACAAUUGUUAUCUCAAGUGAUGAAGAAAAAAAACUUGAGAAAGAGGGGCUCGAUCAUAAACGAAAUUAGUGCAGAAAACGAAAAAGAGCAAGAAGAUGAAUUCAAUGAAAAAAAUGCUAUUAAUGAAUGCAUAAAGAAACAAGCGAUUAAAGAUAACGAAAAUCAGCCAAAGAUUAUCGGAGAAGAAAUGAAGAUACCAGAGAACAAAACGACCAAAUGGAGAGAAGUCUCUAGCGAUAAGAAAUCGUCUAAUGCAACUUACAACGAUAACGGUUCGCAAAAAAUCUACGAUUUUUAUCAUUACGACAAUGUCAAAAGUAGGCCAAAAAAAGUCGAUGAUAUGGAAUUUGAACCCUAUGAGGUAGCUUAGAAUUUCAAUCAUUAUUGUGAUUAUUUUUAUAUUUCAUGUCAUAGUCCGUUGUACAAUUAUGUAAAAAUGGGUACUGGGUAGGAAGUUACUAUAUUUUAAGUAAAUAAUAAUUCAUGAAGAAGAGACUCGAUAUCAAUUCAGAAGUGAAAGAUAUUAAAUUCUCGAUGUGAUUAGUUUGUUUCUUGAUAAGAAAUCAAAUUCGUAUAGAAAUUAUUAUUGUAGUUAUUAUCAACUAACUUUCCGGGUAAGCUUCCAGUUAUGUUUAUAUAUUGAAAUGGAGUAUGUUUAGUGUAUUAUUAUAUCAAUUGAUAACUAUAAAUAAAAUGAAUUUUAUUGAAUUAUGUAGUGGUAACGAAAA